CAAACAGCACACAUGUCUAGCACAACUCCAACUACACAUCAAAUGAAUCCCACUUCUCCAAUUCAGAGUUUAAAUAGUACAGACUUUAACAUGAAUACUCCACUCACUUACACCUCAGUGGAAACUUGGGAGUUACUCAUCAACCACUUUUUUGGUACAAUUGUACCACAGUGGCAAUCUCUGGUACCGUUCAAACCAGAGUACUGUGACUUUCAUCUGCUUUCCACUUUGUUAACAGACAUGCUGAAGUUUUGUAAAAUGUUAGUGAGAUCAACUAGGGAACCCACAGAGAAUGGAGAUCCAACCUCCAUGCAGACCUCUGAGGUCUGUCUUCAGUCCAUGGGCACAGACUGCCCCGAGAAAACAGAGGAUACAGGAGCAAAGGACAGCAUCCUGAAUGAAAGCUCUGUGGAUGACCACCGUGAUAAUGAAAACUUAGAAACUCCAGGACUGGAGGCUGAAGCAGCCCUAGACUGCAUAUCUGUGGGUAAUUCAAACACACAACUCGAAACAAUAGACACAGCAAAGCCAAAAAAGAGCUGUAUGAAGAAAAACUUCACAGCUGAUACAAAAGACUUUGACAAAACAGAAUCUUGUCUCCUGGAAAACAAUGUGAAGCUAGAAGUACCUGAGUCUGACACUGAGUCUUUAACUUUUUCUAGUAUCAGUCCGCUGUCUGAUUCUCUAAGUGAAAGCUCUGUAGAAGACCAGGGAUUGGAGGCUCAACCAGUUGUAGGCUGCAUAUCUGUAGACAACUCAAGCUACAGAGAUGAAACAGAAAGUCGAGGACUGAAAGAUGAGGCAACCCCCAGAUUUCAGGGAUUCCUCAGUGACAGUGAGUCUUUAACUUCUUGUCAGAUCAGUCCACUAUCUGAUUCUCUGAGCGAGGAAAAGUUGUGUGUCAACAAAGUUAUUCAGAUGGUGGUUUCAAAGGCCAUAGACAACGUCGCCUCUAAACACAAGCUCUUCACAGAGCGCCUCACCCCUGACUGCAUUGGUGAUCGCCUGCUUGAGAAAAUGUGGCCAGAAAUUAAUGACAAACAUUUGGAUCUAUCUCCAAAAAGCCUAAAAAAUAUCCACCAGGCCAUUUUAAAGGAUCUUUGCAAAACACACAAAUGCAAGGAAAAAUAUUUGAUUUUUAGUCUGAGGGAGCAGCUUGAUAACAUUACUGUUCCAAUCUUCACCAAACACCUGCUGGGAUUACCAAAAAGAGUACUCAGUGUAUCUAAAAACUGGGACGAGUACUGGGAACUUGUGGAAAAAUUCACUAGAGAUCUGGUAAUACACAGUAUGGCCGAACUAAAUGAGACGACGACAUGGCAUUCAGGAACAACUGACUUCAUUGUACAGAGGCUUAGCCAAAAGAUCUGGAACAAAAUUUUGUCCAAAAAAUAUAAAAUCUCCCUAGAGAACAUUGAAGAACUCAGCUUGACAGUAUACAAUGAUCUUGGUUAUCCUUAUUUCUUAAGUCUUAGUGAUCUUAGUUCUUCUUCCCUUGGUAUUUAUCCUUGCCUGUGUUAA